AUGCCUUUUUCCGUUUAUGCGCCAGGUCUAUCAGGACUCUACAAUGGCCUCACGCCGACCAUCUUCAAACAAGGCACCAACCAGGCAAUCCGAUUUUUCGUAAUGGAGAGCCUGAAGGAGAAAUACCGCGCUCUACGAGGCGAUAGUAUACCCAAUCAACCGGUGCCAAAAGUCGUCACCGGUCUCUUCGGCAUCAUCGCUGGCGCCGCCUCCGUCUACGGCAACACGCCUCUCGAUGUCGUCAAGACACGUAUGCAGGUUCAUGUCUUUCAGGCUACUAUCUACUGCCCUCUGGUCCCACAUGACCAUCUUGCCGACUCACCGCCUACCAAUCCGGCCUUUCACAGCGCUCCUUUUUCUCCAAUUUUUGGUUACUUAUUAAGCAGUGUCUAUCCUCCGCUUUUAAGAAAAUUAUUUGUGCACUUAGAACAGUACUGUUGGCGUAUGAUUCUCCAAUACCUCCUAAUAAGUUCGAAGGAAUAA